GGCCCCAGAGCUGUCUCCCGGGCCCCCCCGGGCCCCCGGGCCCUCGAGCCCGGUGCGCGCCCUCGCGUCCCGCCGGCCCCCUCCCCCGGCUGGGCCCGGGGGAGGGUGGCGCCGUGAGCGAGCGGGGACCGGGCUCUCCUGCCCCUUCCCCUGCCCCUGGGCCGCCAGGAUGGAGGCGGGGUCGGGGCCCCCGGGCGGUCCGGGAUCCGAGAGCCCCAACCGGGCGGUGGAGUACCUGCUGGAGCUGAACAACAUCAUCGAGAGCCAGCAGCAGCUGCUGGAGACCCAGCGGCGGCGCAUUGAAGAGCUGGAGGGCCAGCUGGACCAGCUUACCCAGGAGAACCGCGACCUGAGAGAGGAGAGCCAGCUGCACCGCGGGGAGCUGCACCGGGACCCCCACGGCGCGCGGGAUAGCCCCGGCCGCGAGAGCCAGUACCAGAACCUGCGCGAGACCCAGUUCCACCACCGCGAGCUGCGAGAGAGCCAGUUCCACCAGGCGGCUCGGGACGUGGGCUACCCGAACCGGGACAGCGCCUACCAGAACCGGGAGGCAGUGUAUCGGGACAAGGAGCGGGACGCCGCCUACCCGCUCCAGGACACUACCGGCUACCCAGCCCGCGAGCGCGACGUGGCUCAGUGCCACCUGCACCACGAGAACCCAGCAUUGGGUCGCGAGCGUGGCGGGCGGGAGACCGGGCCAGCUCACCCGGGCCGCGAGAAGGAAGCCGGCUAUUCGGCGGCGGUGGGCGUGGGGCCCCGGCCACCGCGGGAGCGGGGCCAGAUGAGCCGUGGCGCAUCCAGGAGCUCCAGCCCCGGGGCCGGCGGCGGCCACAGCACCAGUACCAGCACCAGCCCGGCCACUACCCUCCAGAGAAAAUCUGAUGGUGAGAAUUCCAGGACAGUCAGGUCCACAGCGUCUCAUACUCUACACCAGUAUUGCUGUCCUACUCAGGUCCUUGACUCCAUGAAGCUUACCCCCUCAGGCAGGCUGGCAGAGAGCAGUGUGGAGGGUGAUGCCCCAGGCAGUGACCUGAGCACAGCGGUUGAUAGUCCUGGGAGCCAACCCCCCUACCGGCUGAGCCAGCUGACCCCCACCAGCAGCCACAUGGGGGGCCCCCCAGCUGGGGUGGGCCUUCCCUGGGCUCAGCGAGCUCGUCUCCAGCCAGCCAGUGUCGCCCUGAGGAAGCAGGAGGAGGAGGAGAUAAAGCGCUCCAAGGCCCUAUCGGACAGCUAUGAACUCUCCACGGACCUGCAGGACAAAAAGGUGGAAAUGCUGGAGAGGAAGUAUGGGGGCUCCUUCCUGAGCCGCAGGGCUGCCAGGACCAUCCAGACGGCCUUUCGCCAGUACCGCAUGAACAAGAACUUUGAGCGACUCCGCAGCUCAGCUUCGGAGAGCCGCAUGUCCCGCCGCAUCAUCCUUUCCAACAUGAGGAUGCAGUUCUCCUUCGAGGAGUACGAGAAGGCACAGAACCCCGCGUACUUCGAGGGCAAGCCUGCCUCGCUGGACGAGGGUGCCAUGGCUGGUGCCCGGAGCCACCGGCUUGAACGAGGGCUCCCCUAUGGAGGCUCCUGUGGAGGGGGCAUCGAUGGUGGGGGAAGCUCCGUCACCACAUCUGGAGAGUUUUCUAAUGACAUCACAGAGCUCGAGGACUCCUUCUCCAAGCAGGUAAAGUCUCUGGCUGAAUCCAUUGAUGAGGCCCUGAACUGCCACCCAUCAGGGCCCAUGUCUGAGGAGCCAGGGUCAGCCCAACUGGAGAAGCGGGAGUCAAAGGAACAGCAAGAGGACAGCUCAGCCACAUCCUUCAGUGAUCUUCCCCUCUACUUGGAUGACCCAGUUCCCCCACCAUCCCCUGAGCGACUGCCCAGCACAGAGCCCCCACCCCAGGGCCGGCCCGAGUUCUGGGCACCGGCCCCCCUCCCGCCAGUUCCCCCACCAGUGCCUCCAGGGACCCGGGAAGAUGGUACCCGUGAGGAAGGCACGCGCAGGGCUCCUGGGUGCUUGGAGUGCCGGGAUUUCCGGCUGCGGGCCGCCCACCUUCCCUUGCUUACCAUUGAGCCUCCUAGUGAUAGCUCCGUGGACCUGAGUGACCGCUCAGAUCGCGGCUCUGUCCACCGCCAGCUGGUGUAUGAGGCUGAUGGCUGCAGCCCCCAUGGGACCCUGAAGCACAAGGGGCCACCAGGCAGGGCCCCGAUCCCACACCGCCACUACCCAGCCCCGGAGGGCCCAGCCCCAGCCCCGCCAGGGCCCCUGCCACCAGCCCCCAACAGUGGCACCGGGCCCAGUGGUGUGGCUGGGGGUCGGAGGUUGGGGAAGUGCGAGGCUGCAGGCGAGAACUCUGAUGGAGGAGAUAAUGAGAGCCUUGAGAGCUCCAGCAAUUCCAACGAGACCAUCAACUGCAGCUCUGGCUCGUCUUCGAGGGACAGCCUGAGGGAGCCUCCAGCCACAGGCCUGUGCAAGCAGACUUACCAGCGGGAGACGAGGCACAGCUGGGACUCACCAGCCUUUAACAAUGACGUGGUGCAGAGGCGGCACUACAGAAUCGGCCUCAACCUGUUCAAUAAGAAGCCAGAGAAGGGCAUCCAGUAUCUGAUCGAGCGGGGCUUCCUGUCAGACACACCGGUGGGAGUGGCUCACUUUAUCCUGGAACGGAAAGGCCUGAGCCGGCAGAUGAUAGGGGAAUUCCUAGGGAACCGGCAGAAGCAGUUCAACAGAGAUGUGUUGGACUGUGUGGUGGAUGAGAUGGACUUCUCCUCCAUGGAUUUGGAUGACGCACUCCGGAAGUUCCAAUCCCACAUCCGGGUUCAAGGCGAGGCCCAGAAAGUGGAGCGACUCAUUGAAGCCUUCAGCCAGCGGUACUGUGUAUGUAACCCAGCCCUCGUGCGCCAGUUCCGAAACCCAGACACCAUCUUCAUCCUUGCUUUUGCUAUCAUCCUCCUCAAUACCGACAUGUACAGUCCCAGCGUCAAGGCUGAACGCAAGAUGAAACUAGAUGACUUCAUCAAGAACCUGAGAGGGGUUGACAAUGGUGAAGACAUCCCCCGAGACCUCCUGGUGGGCAUCUAUCAGCGUAUCCAGGGGCGCGAACUGCGAACCAAUGAUGACCAUGUGUCCCAGGUGCAGGCCGUGGAGCGCAUGAUUGUGGGCAAGAAACCGGUCUUGUCUCUUCCCCACCGUCGACUGGUUUGCUGCUGUCAACUCUAUGAGGUACCAGAUCCAAACCGCCCCCAGCGGCUCGGGUUGCAUCAACGGGAAGUCUUCCUCUUCAACGAUCUCCUUGUGGUCACCAAAAUUUUCCAGAAGAAGAAGAUCUUGGUGACAUACAGCUUUCGUCAGUCCUUUCCUCUCGUGGAAAUGCACAUGCAGCUCUUCCAGAAUUCAUACUACCAGUUUGGGAUCAAGCUGCUGUCCGCAGUACCCGGCGGGGAACGCAAAGUCCUCAUCAUCUUCAAUGCCCCCAGCCUCCAGGACCGGCUGCGCUUCACGUCUGACUUGCGCGAGUCCAUUGCUGAGGUGCAGGAGAUGGAGAAAUACCGCGUGGAGUCGGAGCUAGAGAAGCAGAAAGGUAUGAUGCGGCCUAACGCCUCACAGCCCGGCGGGGCCAAGGACUCAGUGAAUGGCACGCUGGCCCGCAGCAGCCUGGAGGACACAUAUGGGGCAGGCGAUGGGCUCAAACGGGGUGCGCUCAGCAGUUCCCUGCGAGACCUCUCUGACGCAGGGAAGCGGGGGCGGCGUAACAGCGUGGGAUCGCUGGACAGCACCAUCGAAGGGUCUGUUAUUAGCAGUCCACGCCCUCACCAGAGGAUGCCACCUCCGCCCCCACCCCCACCGCCAGAGGAGUACAAGAGCCAGAGGCCCGUCUCCAACUCCUCAUCCUUCCUGGGCUCCCUGUUUGGAAGCAAGCGGGGCAAGGGGCCCUUCCAGAUGCCACCACCGCCAACAGGCCAGGCUUCUGCCUCCUCUUCAUCUGCUUCUUCCACCCACCACCACCACCACCACCACCACGGUCCUCCUCAGCAGCCCCCACCCCUGCCCCAGCUGGGCUCCAUUCCACCGCCCCCUGCCUCAGCCCCACCCGUGGGGCCACAUCGCCACUUCCAUGCCCACGGCCCAGUCCCAGGCCCCCAGCACUAUACCUUGGGCCGGCCAGGCAGGGCCCCCAGACGGGGAGCUGGAGGACACCCUCAGUUUGCUCCACAUGGCCGCCACCCCCUGCACCAGCCCACAUCCCCACUACCCCUGUACAGUCCUGCCCCCCAGCACCCUCCAGCCCACAAACAGGGCCCUAAGCACUUCAUCUUCAGCCACCACCCACAGAUGAUGCCAGCAUCGGGGGCCACUGGGGGCCCUGGAUCCCGGCCACCAGGAGGCUCCUAUUCCCACCCUCACCACCCACAGUCACCCUUGUCCCCUCACUCACCCAUCCCACCCCACCCUUCCUACCCACCCCUGCCCCCACCCUCACCCCAUACCCCACACUCGCCCCUGCCGCCCACCUCCCCCCAUGGCCCACUGCACGCCUCUGGGCCCCCUGGCACGGCCAACCCACCCAGUGCGAACCCCAAGGCCAAGCCCAGCCGGAUCAGCACCGUGGUCUGAUGAACAGAGGGAGCGAGCUGGGGCCCAGGGAGGUCUGGGGAAUCCACAAGAGAUUCCCCAGUUUUUCUAAAAUAUAUAUACACAUAGAGAUGUCCUUCUCCCCACUUCUUCCCUGCCUUAGAACCCUUCCUCUAACCCUCAACAGUCGCCGUGCAGUUUCCUUCCAGAUUCAAAGAUACUUCCCGCUUGAAGCCCGGAUGCAGGGCUCUCAAGCUCUGGGGAGUAGUGAGGACCUUUUAGAGAUCCUCAUCCUUNUUUUUUUUUUUUUUUUUUUUUGGUCCUCUCUCCAUCCAUCUCCCACCCCCGCUCCCGGAGGUGGCCUCAGACCUCUGGGCCAGUGUGGGCUCCCUGUCAGCUCUGGCUGGUAGAGAAGGGCAGGCAGGUGUCAGGAGUGGUGAGGCUGAAGGCUUCCCCAGAGUGCCUCUAGCCACGCAGGGCUCUGAGGGAGCUCUGUACCGUUGUGGCCAAAAGUCAGCUGGCUCGGCCCUCUCUCAGACCUCAGGGCCUGGCCAAAUUCCUCCAUGUGUCUCUCUACCUGCCAGAGGAACAGGGCUGUCGGUGCCCUCAGUGAGUGGGCCCCCACUAAUGCUGGCCCCCCAAAGAGACAGAGCUUCUCCUUCGGAGCCAGCCUCUGUCCUCUCUCCAGUGGGUCCCAGCCCAGACCUCUUCAGCUUCAGGACCUUGCCUCUCACAGCAACGUUCUUAUCCUGAUCAAAAUUCAGACAGGUUUGGGGGGGGGCCUCCGGUCUGGGAUGAGAAGGGCACUGCCCUCCCUCACCCAUAUUGCAUGCCCCCCCAUUCCCUUAUACCUACCCCACCUACCACUGAAGACAAUGCACUUUACAGAUCUUGCCCACACACACCUCGCUGGGGCACGGCACCCAGCACCAGCCCUGGGGAGAGAGGCUCCCAGAGGGCCAUCAUAAGCCCAUGAUGUCCUUCCUGAGGCAGAUUGAAGCCAUCAGAGUGGGGGCUGGGAGCCAGGAUGCCUGAGUCCUUCUGUCCGUCAAAAUCUCUGCUGCCCCUCCAGCUCCUUUACAGCCCUGUUUAUUUAUUAUAAAUAUAUUUUUUACAAGCCCCAGCUCCUCUUCUUGCCCCACAUACCCAGCUCCUUUCUCAGCUCCUUCCUCCCUACCCCCCCUACCAUGGGCUGCAGUACAGACAGAUAGACCCUGGCUGUAUGGAGGUCCGGGACCCAGGGGCUUGGGGGCGGGGGAGGGCAGCAGCCGGAGGGGCUGUACAGAGAGGAGCUGGGGUUCAGGCAUUGUCUUUUUUUCCUCCUUGUAUAUAAGAAUGUAUAUUUGAUGCCUCAUAAAAGACC